CGAACGGACGGACGGAACAAAAAUGAAGAUGGACGAUCUCCGAAGUGUGUGAAAUUCAUGACUAAAUUAUUUAGAAUAUUUGAAAUUCGUUUCGAAUUAUUAAACAAUCAUUUCGAAAAGUAACAAAAGAGGAAAAUGUCGAAGGCGAAAAACAAAAAACCUGGAAAAUCCAGUAAAUUGGAUCCGAAAAAUUUGGAUUUGUCCGAAUUGCAAAAACCCAUAAAAAUAAGUGCUUCGAGUUUAAAGGACGCGGCCAAACUUCUCGAAACAGGAACUCCGGAAGUCAAGAGUUUACUCAGCCACGAAGUAAAUUUACUCUACGAAUGUCGAAUAUGUCGCAGUAUUUUUCGUAGUCUUGUAAAUCUUAUUUCUCACAAACGAAUUUUUUGUCGACAGAAGUACAAUGGUUGUGGAAACAGGUCUCGAGAAUAUGAAAAUUCGAUAAAUGCAACGACGGAAAAUCUUGAAAAUUCCGAAUUAGAUCAAAUUACUCUGGACAGUUUUGUGAAUUUGUCGAAAAAUGACAGAAUUCUUCGUAGUCAGGCUCCAGUGAAGUCCAAUAAUAAAACGGAUUUAACGAGUGUCGUUCAUAUGCUACAGAAGAAACAAGAGGGAAAAUUGGUUGAUGUUUCCACUGAAAAUUCAGAAUUGCAUACUGAAGAAACUAAUUGUGAUCAAGUUGUCCUUCAAGUUUUGGACUCGAAACGAGCUGCAUAUCAGACGCUGAUUCAGCCGAAUUCAUCGCCCGUUGAUCUUAUGGAAAAUCAGGUGAUCGAACUCGAAAAUAUUUUGAACCAAGACAGUGUUGUUCUGAGAGCUGAUGGACAAUUCGAAAAAAGUGACAGUCCGGUACAGUUUUAUGGCGAUGACGAAUCCAAUAGAUUGGUCUGCGAAAUAUGUUCCUUGACGUUCACCACACAGAAGACAUUUGAUUCUCAUUUCCGAAUCAAGCAUGCAGCUGUACGCGAUUGCUAUUUAUGCCCUUGUAAUUCGUGUACUGCUUCGUUCUCCAGUACAAUGGGUGUGAAACGUCAUUUAACGAAUGUCCAUAAAAAAAUUGGCCAAGAGCUGAAGACUUUGAGCCAACAAAUAGAGAAACGAACUGUUCGCUCAAAACCUCUUACCGUUGUUGGCAACAAAAAACCCAAGAAGCCAGAGAAUUUUAAUAAUUUAGUGGACAAUUCUUUAGAAACGCAGCAAUGGGUAGAGAGUAUAGACUCGCAAGCAUUGCACGAAUGUAUUUCGUGUGGAGAAAUUUUCAACGACAAAUCUGAACUUGUGAUUCAUUUGAAGAAUUGUCUUGGCUCAGAUGAGGAGAGAAUAAAUUAUCUCCUUUACGAAAAUGAUGCUGAAUUAAAGGAAAAUGUUAUAAACGACACGGAAAUUGCAGAAAUUCCUGUUCUCAGUUUACCCGAUACGAAACCGAAUUCACCAACUAGAGUAAUGCCGGAAAUUUCUUCAGGGAAAGAAUGCCUGCCAAUUCGAGUACAAGCUAUUUCUAGAAUCAGCGAAGAAGAAUGGAGUAAAAUUCCGAGUCGAACGUUUCAAAAUGAGGAUAUCACAGCAGAGGCUCCAACGAAAUUCAACAACAACAAAGAAAGAAUUAUCUGUCCAAAAAAGACAAAUAAACCUUCAAUUACCGAAAUCCUCCCGGUGGAGAAUUAUUUAUUGGAUUUGGAGCACUCGAGAAAACGGAAAUCCGCAUUUUCUGAUAUUAAUAACACAGUCAUAGGUGAAAAAUUGAAGAAACUAACUUGUCAAGAAAAUGAGACUGAUAAGGAAACAGCGAAAAAAUCACAAAAUCAAAGUUCACAGCAUUUUAGUGCCACACUUGCAUCAAUUUCGGACCAUACAAAAUUGGAAUGCAUUGCCUGUAGAUUAAAUUUUUCGAAUAUCACAAGUUUGAAUCGACAUAUGGAGGGUCAUUUAAAAGUGAAUCGUUUUCAAUGCAAUAAAUGCGAUUAUAAAUCGACAAGUCGAAAUGAUUGUGUUGGACAUUGUAAUAGAGUGCAUAAUGCAAUGAAUAAUCGACAAGCACUCAAUGAAAUGAUUUCUCAAAUAUCACAGUAUCAAUUGACCCAAUCGCAGGGAAUGAUAACUGUCGAUCCGUCAAAUUUGAAUUCGAAUUCUGCGAGACAGGAAAAUUCCACUUCACAACUUGGAAAUAUCAAUUCUAACACAGAAUUAAUGCGCACUUACAAUAAUGUAAAAAUAAAUUCGGAAGUGAGAAACCCGUCUGAUACGGAUCCAGAACUAGAGGACAGAGAAACUAUAAAUCGAAAAAUAGACUCAAAUCCAAAUCUUCCUGAAUUAAUUCAAGAAAUUGUUGUUGGAAAAAAUUCCACAUCCGAAGCAUCGACAUCGAAAGUGAAUGGAGAGUCGCGUUUGGAAAAUAAUCAUUUCCGACGAAUUCGUAAUGAUGAAGAAAUUAAUGGCUACAGUUCCAAUUUUGCUGCUACAGAAUUCUCUAAUCUUUUCCCCAGCAAUAAGAAAUCAGAUCCUUGGAAUCGUGAAAAUAAUUUGUCACCAUCAUCAGAUAGUGAUGAAUCUUCCUGUAUGGUAUUAAGAAGUAGCUCGAGAUUGAGUAAAAAAAUAAAUACUGACGACGAGGAAGAUGAAAUUACUUGCGAAUUGUACAGAGGCGAUUCUGAUAGUGGAAAGAAGAGGAGGAAAUCAUCUCGAAGUCGUUCACGAUCGUCGAUGCGAUCAAAUUCCCAAAUGCAAGUGAGAAGUGAAUCGCGAAUAAUGACAAGAAGUCGUUCGCGAAUGGAGAAUAGAAUGUCUGAGGACAAUGAUGAUUCAUUUUCCCAGUCGAUGAAUACGACGCGAAGCGAAAAUAAAAGUGAACGAUCAAAAUCACAGGCGAAGAAAGAAGAGACGAAGGAGAAGAAGAAACGUGGUCGUCCAAGGAAAAAUGAAAGACGUUCGGCGCCUGCUAAAAUUAAUGACAAAAUUACGGAAGUAUCAUCAACGCGUAGACGAGAAUCAUUUAGCAGUGAAAAUUCACAAAUUCAACGACCAGUUAGAAGUCGCGUGAAACCUGUUGAUAAAGAUUUCAUCUACGAUCUUGAAGAUGAAGAUUUUUUAAAAUCACAAAAUAGUAAUAAUUUUAUCGAGAAUCAUCAUAAAUCGGAUUUAUCAAAACGGAUAUUCACCAACAAUAGCGAUGAAGAAUUAAUCGUUCUUCAAGAAUUUGCCAAUCACGAUUCAAGUGCUGAAUUAGAAAAUCAAGAACGAUUUUUUCGCGGUUUUCCCCGACAACCAGAAAUUUUAAAUAUUGAGUAAGUUUUCCCCCAUUUUUUUCUGCAAAUUUCCUUUUGCAAAUAUUGAGAGAAAUUUUGAAACAAUAAAAUACGUGUAUUAUUUUUCUUCAAAUUUCUUCUCAAAAAUCAAUUAAUUGCUCACAUUGAAAUAUAGAUUUAAAAAAAGAAAAUUUAAAUUUUGAAAUUUUUAAUUAUUUUUUUUUUUUUCUUUAUAAGUAUUAUUAUAAUUUUUCAAAACUUGUGUACAUAUUUUAAGCUUCUUAUGUAAAUAUUCUUUUGAUAAUUCUACUGGAAUUUUUGUUAUUUUAAAAAUUCUGAUAAUAAACUUUACUCGUUAUUUUUAAGCGUUUAGGUUUAUAUUACGAGUAAAUUAUUGUUUUUUAUAUAGUGGUUAUAAUUUAAAAAAAAAUAAAUAUAUAUAGAUGCAAAACAUUGCAAUUUAGAGAAUUGUAACAUUUCUCAGGCUAAUAACAAUUUCUCGUCAAUAUAAGUUUAUUACAAGAGUCAUUUAAAUUUUGUAAAAGAAAAAAAAAUGUCGCUACAUUUUUGUAAUAAAACUUUGGAAAA